AGAACAGAGCACUUUGCUCCUCUCUCAGGAUGAAUGGAGACCAGAAAUUGGAUGUUUAUGCUCAAGAAAAGCAGAAUUUCAUCCAGCACUUCUCUCAGAUUGUCAGGGUGCUGACUGCAGAUGACCCAGAGCACCCAGAGACUGGAGAUGUCCUUGCCCGGCUCAAGGAGAUCCUAGAGUACAAUGCCAUCGGAGGCAAGUACAACCGAGGUUUGACGGUGCUGGUAGCAUUCCGGGAGCUGGUGGAGCCAAGGAAGCAGGACGCUGUCAGUCUGCAGCGGGAGCUGACCAUGGGCUGGUGUGUGGAACUGCUGCAGGCUUUCUUCCUGGUGGCAGAUGACAUCAUGGAUUCAUCCCUUACCCGCCGGGGACAGGCCUGCUGGUAUCGGAAGCCAGGCGUAGGCUUGGACGCCGUCAACAAUGCUCUCCUUCUGGAGGCCUGUAUCUACCUCCUGCUGAAGCUGCACUGCCGGGAACAGCCCUACUACCUGAACCUGUUGGAGCUCUUCCUGCAGACUUCCUACCAGACUGAGGUCGGGCAGACUCUGGACCUCAUCACAGCCCCGCAGGGUCAGUUGGACCUGAGCAGAUACACCGAGAAGAGGUACAAGUCUAUUGUCAAGUAUAAGACAGCUUUCUACUCCUUCUAUCUGCCUGUUGCUGUUGCCAUGUACAUGGCUGGCAUUGACGGGGAGAAGGAGCACAGCAGCGCCAGGAGGUUCCUGAUGGAGAUGGGCGAGUUCUAGAUCCAGGAUGAUUUCCUUGACCUUUUGGGGGACCCCAGUGUGACAGGGAAGAUUGGCACUGACAUCCAGGACAAUAAGUGCAGCUGGCUGUUGGUUCAGUGCCUGCAGCGGGCCACUCCGGAGCAGCGCCAGAUCCUGCAGGACAAUUACGGGCAGAAAGACGCCGAGAAGGUGGCGAGGGUGAAGGCACUGUACGAGGAGCUGGACCUGCUGCGGUACGAGGAAGACAGCUACAGCCGCCUCAUGAGCCUCAUCCAGCAGCACACCGCACCGCUACCCCAGGCCAUCUUCCUGGGGCUGGCGAACAAGAUCUAC